AUGGGGGCUCCUCAUGAGCUUCUAGAUCUGGUGAUAUUCGGUGGUAACGGCUACACGGGGCGGCUUGCGGUGCACCAGAUGGCUGUGGUGAUGAGCCAGCAUCCCGGGGUCCGCUGGGGGGUCGCAGGGAGGUCCCGGGGUAAGCUGGAGGCGGUGCUCCGGGAGGCGAAAGAGAAGGGUGUAGACACAAGUGACGUGGCCAUCCUGCUGGCGGACGUGGACGACGCGGACUCCCUGUCCCGCUUGUGCCGGAGCUGCAGGCUGGUGGUGAACUGCUGCGGCCCGUACGCGAGGUAUGGCGAGUGGGUGGUCGCCGCUGCCGUGGCUGAAGGCUGCCACCAUGUGGAUGUCAGCGCUGAGAACCACUUCACGCGUCUUAUAGAGAGCAGAUAUGAUGCAGCAGCUCGGAAGGCGGGUGUGUUCGUGAUCACCUCCUGCGGGCUGUCCAGUGUGCCGGUCGACGUGGGCGUUACAUACCUGGAGCAGAAUUUUCAAGGCACCCUGAGCUACGUGGACUCGUAUCUGACUACUCAUCCCACGGCGGUCAGCGUGCUGCGGGGCUGGCGACACGGCGUCAUCCGGUACAGCAGCUGGGAGUCCAUGAUACAUGGCAUGGCGCAGAAGAAAGACCCAGAGGAAGACCAUACCUUACCACAGAAAAGGAGGUGACUUUUGUUAAAUAAUAUUAAAUACUUGAGUUUUUAAUACGCCAUCUUUUUACUAACAAACCUACCUUAACCAUUCCAGGCCGC